AUGGCCUGCCUCCGAGGGUACGCGGCGCCCUGCCUCCUGUGGAUGCUGCUGCUGCUGCUGCUGUGGAGCGGGCCCCGCGGCUGUCAGGCCCAGAGGGCAGGCUGCAAAAGUGUCCACUACGAUCUGGUGUUCCUGCUGGACACCUCCUCCAGUGUGGGCAAGGACGACUUCGAGAAGGUCCAGCAGUGGAUGGCCAACCUGGUGGACACCUUUGAGGUGGGCCCCGACCACACGCGCGUGGGGGUCGUGCACUACAGCGACCAGCCCACCACCGCCUUUGAGCUGGGCCGCUUUGACUCCAGGGAGGCGGUCAAGGCGGCCACGCAGUCCCUGGCCUACCAAGGCGGCCACACCAACACGGGGGACGCCCUGCGCUACAUCACGCGCCACAGCUUCUCCCCGCUGGCCGGUGGCCGCCCGGGGAACCGCGCCUUCAAGCAGGUGGCCAUCCUGCUGACCGACGGCCGCAGCCAGGACCUGGUGCUGGAGGCGGCGACCGCGGCCCACCGGGCGGGCAUCCGCAUCUUCGCGGUGGGCGUCGGCGAGGCUCUGAAGGAGGAGCUGGAGGAGAUCGCCUCGGAGCCCAAGUCCGCCCAUGUCUUCCACGUGUCGGACUUCGACGCCAUCGACAGGAUCCGGGGCAAGCUGCGGCGUCGCCUGUGCGAGAACGUGCUCUGCCCCAGCGUCCGCGUGGAAGGAGACCGCUUCAAGCACACCAACGGCGGGACCAGCGAGAUCACAGGUUUUGACCUGAUGGAUCUGUUCAGCGUGCAGGAGACCUUGGGGAAGCGAGAGAACGGGGCGCAGAGCUCCUACGUCCGGAUGGGCUCCUUCCCGGUGGUGCAGAGGACCGAGGACGUGUUCCCCCAAGGUCUGCCCGAUGAGUAUGCCUUCGUCACAACCUUCCGCUUACGGAAAGGCUCUCGGAAGGAAGACUGGUAUAUCUGGCAGGUCAUCGACCAGUACGGCAUCCCGCAGGUCUCCAUCCGGCUGGACGGCGAGAACAAGGCGGUCGAGUACAACGCCGUGGGGGCCGUGGAAGACGCCGUCAGGGUGGUCUUCCGCGGGGCCCGGGUCCACGACCUCUUUGACCGCGACUGGCACAAGAUGGCCCUGAGCAUCCAGGCCCAGAACGUGUCCCUGUACGUCGACUGUGCGCUGGUGCAGACGCUGCCCAUCGAGGGGAGGGAGAACAUCGACAUCCAGGGCAAGACCGUGAUCGGCAAGCGCCUCUACGACAGCGUGCCCAUCGACUUCGACCUACAGCGGAUUGUGAUUUACUGCGACUCCCGCCACGCAGAGCUGGAGACCUGCUGUGACAUCCCCACGGGUCCGUGCCAGGUGACCGUGCUGACAGAGCCCCCGUCCCCGCCGCUGCCGCCGCCCACCUCCGGCAGUGAGCACAUCGGGUUCCUGAAGACCAUCAACUGCUCCUGCCCAGCUGGAGAAAAGGGUGAAAAGGGCGCUGGUGGCCCCGUGGGACUCCCCGGCCCGAAGGGAGACGUGGGAGCCCCUGGGCCCUUUGGAACUCCUGGACCCAAGGGAGAGAAAGGCGACUCGGGCCGAGGACCUUUUGUCUAUGGGGAAAAGGGGGAAAAGGGUUCCCUGGGCCCGCCUGGCCUCCCCGGGAGAGACGGCAGCAAAGGCGUGCGGGGGGAGCCUGGGGAGCCGGGGCUGCCUGGCGAGGUGGGCCUGCGGGGACCGCACGGCCUGCCUGGACUGCCCGGGCCUCCCGGCCCCGUCGGAGCUCCCGGUCUCCAAGGAGAGCGAGGGGAGCGGGGAGCCCGAGGAGAGAAGGGGGAGCGAGGCCUGGACGGGUUCCCCGGGAAGCCUGGGGAGCUGGGAGAGCAGGGGAGGCCUGGCCCUCCCGGCGUGGCCGGGCCCCGGGGAGAGAAGGGUGACGUGGGGCCUGCAGGACCACCGGGUACCCCGGGCUCUGUGGUGCAGAGAGAGGGCCUGAAGGGCGAGCAGGGGGCUCCAGGACCACGGGGUCACCAGGGCCCACCCGGGCCUCCCGGAGCUCCGGGUCUUAUGGGUCCAGAAGGCAAGGACGGACCUCCCGGUUUGCACGGGCUCCGGGGGAAGAAGGGCGAAGCGGGCCCGCCCGGAACGCCUGGAUCGCCGGGGCCACAGGGCCCCCCAGGACCCCCUGGCGUCCCCGGUCCCCCAGGCCCUGGAGGCCCCCCGGGCUUACCUGGAGAGAUCGGCCUCCCCGGAAAGACUGGGCACCCCGGGCAGGCGGGGCCGCCCGGCAAGGAUGGGCUGAACGGACCCCCAGGCCCGCCAGGACCCAAGGGGCCGCCCGGAGACAGAGGAGAGGACGGUCUGCCCGGGAAGCCCGGCCUGCGGGGCGACGUGGGAGAGCAGGGCCUGGCGGGCCGGCCCGGCGAGAAGGGCGAAGCGGGGCUCCCAGGUGACCCAGGAUUCCCGGGCCUGCGGGGAGAGAAAGGACAACAGGGAGAGAGAGGUGAACGGGGCCUCCCGGGACCGAAAGGGGACCGCGGUGACAAGGGCGAAGCUGGUCCAGCAGGCCCCCCGGGAUCGCCCAGCGCUGGAGAACAAGGACUGAGAGGAGAGAAGGGGGACAGCGGCGUGCCCGGGCAGCCGGGACCACAGGGCCAUCCUGGAGAGCCGGGGCCUCCGGGCCUCAUGGGACCACCGGGUGCCAAGGGACAAGAAGGCGCGCACGGGGCGCCCGGGGCAGCUGGAAACCCUGGUGCUCCUGGACCUGUUGGUGCCCCCGGGCCCAGUGGCCCCCCAGGAAGUGUGGGCCCCCCAGGGAUCAGAGGCUCCCCUGGGAGAGACGGGGCGCGAGGCGAGAAGGGAGAGGCUGGGGAAGGAGGGAGCCCAGGGCCAGCCGGCCCCCGCGGGGAUCCUGGUGCCCCUGGGCCCCCGGGGCCUCCUGGGUCGGGGAAAGACGGUGAGCCGGGCCUCCGUGGACCACCUGGAUUACCUGGGCCUCUCGGAGCCAAGACGCUGCUGGACGGCCCCCGAGGGCUGCAGCCAGAGCCCGCGCUGAAGUCGGCAUCGCCGAUUCUGGCUCCUGGGGACCGAGGUGCGCCUGGGAUCCCUGGCUCUCCUGGCAGCCGCGGCGACCCGGGCUUUGGGGUUGCUGGCCCCCCUGGCCCUGCUGGACCCCCGGGAGACAAAGGACCCCCGGGACCCCGAGGCUUACCUGGAUUCCCCGGCCCCCAGGGACCAGCGGGCCAGGACGGCGCCCCAGGAAACCCAGGAGAGAGGGGGCCUCCCGGCAAACCAGGUCCCCCUUCGGUGCUGUCUCCGGAGGAUGUCCGUCUCCUGGUUAAGGACAUCUGCAGCGACUGCCCCCCAGGCCCCCCGGGCCUCCCUGGGCUGCCGGGUUUUAAAGGAGACAAAGGUCUCCCAGGACGGCCAGGAAGAGAUGGCACAGACGGGAAGAAGGGAGACGCUGGCCCCCGAGGCCCUCCCGGGCCCCCGGGAACUGCUGGAGCACAGGGGAGCAAAGGGGAGCGUGGGGCAGAUGGAGAAGCUGGACAGAAGGGCAGUCAGGGUCACCCCGGAGUUCCAGGCUUCACGGGGCCCCCCGGGAACCCCGGACCGCCGGGCGCGGACGGAGUUGCGGGAGCCGCUGGACCCCCAGGCAUCCAAGGCCCCCCGGGGAAAGAAGGACCCCCCGGCCCCGAAGGCCCCCCUGGGUUCCCUGGAGCCCCGGGAGCAGAAGGCAAAGAGGGCAGAGAUGGGAAGCCGGGCCCCCCUGGAGAGCCGGGCAAAGCAGGAGAGCCGGGGCUACCGGGACCAGAGGGCGCCCGAGGCCCCCCCGGCUUCAAGGGACACACAGGUGACUCGGGCGCGCCUGGGCCCCGGGGAGAGCCUGGUGCCAUGGGGCCCCCUGGCCGGGAAGGGUCACCAGGAAAAGAUGGCGACGCUGGACCCACAGGGCCACAGGGCCCUCAGGGACCGAGGGGCCCACCGGGUAAGAGUGGACCACCCGGAUCUGCCGGGGAGCCUGGCCCUCCAGGGAACCCCGGCCCGAAGGGGAACAAAGGAGAGAGCGGCAGCCCGGGACUCCCUGGCUUCCUGGGUCCCCGCGGGCCUCCGGGAGAGCCCGGAGAGAAGGGAGUCCCAGGCAAGGAGGGCGCUCCUGGGAAGCCCGGAGAAGCAGGACCCAGAGGAGAAAGGGGAGACCCAGGGAUCAAAGGUGACAAAGGAGCUCCCGGCGGGAAUGGCAAGCCUGGGGACCCUGGAAUCCCAGGCCACAAAGGCCACACCGGCCUGAUGGGCCCCGAAGGCCCGCCAGGGGAGAGCGGGCCGGCCGGGCCCCCGGGGCCUCCGGGCCAGCCAGGAUUUCCCGGACUGAGGGGCGAGUCUCCCUCCCUGGACACCCUGCGGCGGCUCAUCCAGGAGGAGCUCGGGAAGCAGCUGGAAGCCAGACUCACCUACCUCCUGGCGCAGGUGCCCCCGGCGCAUGUGAAGGCGCCUCAAGGCAGACCUGGGCCCCCCGGGCCCCCCGGGAAAGAUGGGCUUCCAGGCCGGGCAGGCCCCAUGGGGGAGCCGGGGCGGCCGGGGCAGGGGGGCCUGGAAGGACCAGCUGGGCCAAUGGGCCCCAAAGGUGAGCGAGGAGCCAAAGGUGACCCAGGCGCGCCAGGUGUUGGCCUCCGAGGCGAGAUGGGCCCCCCCGGGAUCCCAGGUCAACCUGGGCAGCCCGGCUACGCUAAAGAUGGGCUCCCCGGGGGGCCCGGCCCUCAAGGGGAGACCGGACCAGCUGGACGCCCCGGCCCCCCCGGCCCGCCCGGCCCCCCGGGCCAGUGCGACCCCUCCCAGUGUGCCUACUUCGCCAGCCUGGCCGCCCGCCCGGGCAAUGUGAAGGGCCCCUAG